CGAGACCGACCGCCUCCAGCAGUCGGAAACCGGGCAUGGACAGGCGAGUAUGACCUCCCGGCAGCUCGUCCUCGUUGCGCUUCUCCUAGCAGUCGCCGCCUCCCGGGGCCAAUGGCUCCGGGGAUCGGAGGUCUUCGUCAACCCCGGCCUCUCGGCGGUCGCCGGCAGGAGCCUCCUGGAGACGAAGACGCCCCCGGCCACCCUCCCGGAGCAGGACCCCACGCAUACGACCGCCCACAAGGAAAUCAAAAGAUACGACGUCAUGAAAGUCGAAUUUCAAAGAGUGGAAACGCCUUUUAUGAUCGGCCUCUGGAUUUUCUGUUCAUCCCUAGCCAAAAUCGGUUUCCAUAUGACGCCGAGGCUCCACCACAUAUUUCCGGAGUCCUGCCUCCUCAUCGUCGUCGGCGUCCUUAUCGGCUUUUUCCUCUUCUUCACAUCGUCCGUCCACGUCUCGCCCCUCACGCCGGACACGUUCUUCCUCUACAUGCUGCCUCCGAUCAUCCUUGACGCCGGCUAUUUCAUGCCCAACAGGCUUUUCUUCGACCAUCUAGGCACCAUACUCAUGUUCGCCGUCAUCGGCACCAUCUUCAACACACUGACCAUCGGUGUCUGCCUGUGGGGUGUUGGGCAAACGGGCCUGUUCGGCUUCGAGACUCCCCUGCUCGACAUGUUGCUAUUCUCCGCGCUCAUCUCUGCCGUCGACCCGGUCGCUGUGCUGGCUGUCUUCGAGGAGAUACACGUCAACGAGAUACUUUACAUCGUCGUCUUCGGUGAAUCACUGCUCAACGACGCCGUCACAGUGGUGCUGUAUCAUAUGUUUGAGGCGUAUUCGGAAAUGGGGCCUUCCAACAUCAUCUACUCCGACCUCCUCGCGGGUCUGAUGUCGUUCGUCGUCGUCGCUAUAGGCGGGACGUUGAUCGGCGUCAUCUGGGGGUUCCUGACCGGCAUGGUGACGAAAUACACCGACCAGGUCAGGGUCAUCGAGCCCAUUUUCAUCUUCAUAAUGGCCUAUCUAGCAUAUCUUAACGCUGAGAUCUUUCACAUGUCGGGGAUACUCGCGAUCACGUUUUGCGGGAUCACGAUGAAAAACUACGUGGAAGCCAACAUAUCGCACAAAUCGCAUACGACUGUCAAAUACGCGAUGAAAAUGCUUUCCAGCUCUUCGGAGACGAUCAUAUUCAUGUUCCUCGGCGUCGCUACUGUCAGUGACAGGCAUAUCUGGAACACCUGGUUCGUCCUCCUCACCAUUCUCUUCUGUUCCGUCUUCCGAGCAAUAGGUGUGAUCAUCCUGACGGCGGUAGUCAACAAAUUCAGGCUUUACAAGCUCAACAAAGUGGACAAGUUCGUCAUGUCGUACGGAGGCUUGCGGGGAGCUGUCGCAUUCGCUCUCGUCCUCCUCAUUGACCCGAAACACGUCAAGCUCCAGCCCAUGUUCGUUACAACGACAAUAGCUGUCAUUUAUUUUACAGUCUUUAUACAGGGAAUUACCAUAAAGCCUCUAGUCAAAAUCUUAAACGUAAAACGAGGAGAAAAGCGAAAACCUACAAUGAACGAACGCAUCCACGAGAAGAUAAUGGAUCAUACUAUGACUGGGAUCGAAGAUAUUCUCGGGCACCACGGCAACCACCAUCUACGAGACAAGUUCAAACGGUUCGACAACAAGUUCAUCAGGCCUCUGAUCGUCCGCAACCACCAAGGCGCAGAGCCGAAGAUACUCGAGACCUACUCAAAAUUGGCCAUGAGGGACGCGAUCGAUUACAUGAGGAGGAACGCGUCCACAAUUGGUAAUAUUUCCGGGACAGAGUCGAUGUCGGCCAUUUUCAGGAACUACACAGCCGGCAAUCUGAACGGAAGUUUUAAAGAGGACCCGAGAGAUGCACAGAGGAGUGCAAGUAUGAGUUAUUCCCACCUGGACUCCAGCACGUGGAACAUAGAUCUGCAAGAGCUUGAGUACAAUCCGUCAAAGAAGGACCUCACGGACGCUAAAAUCCACCAUUUGCUCGCCGAGGAGCUCGUGCAGCCGUACAGAAGGCAUCGGAGGCUGAGCUACUCGAGACAUGCGGUCGACGACCGUGAUCUGUCAACGCAAGUCAAUUACAGAAUGCAUAUGAAUAUACGCAGGCUCGUCGGUGAAAGAAGGCAUCACCAUAAAAGGAGUAAAAGGCUCAAGGACGGAAAAAAUCACGUCAGCUUUCCAGGCAUACAGAACGGGUCGGCGAAACAGUUCACUCACGAUUAUCUCGACGAGGUUCUCCAGGAAUCGGAAAACGAGCCCGGCGAGGGGAAACGGAACAAAGACGACUGGGAGAGCGGCAUCACGUUCACAGCCCAUCCUUCACAUGAAUAUGGACCCGGAAGUAGCCCCGUGAAGAAAAUGUCACGUGACUCGAACGCAAGCGACGAUACGAGAGUGACGACCCCGACUGCCCUGGAGACGAUGCUCCCGUGGAAACGCGAUGACGACGUCGAGACGAACGGAGGACCGUUGAAACAGAGCGAGUUUCCGGCGUGGUGUUCCAACAAAGAAUAUCUGGCCUACAACUCCCCAUCCGCUACGUUUUUAGGCGGGGUUGAGCCAUCAAGGCGGUCUGUGAUAGGUUUGUUCAGGCGAGAAAGCGAUGCGAUGCAGGCCGAAUCGCCUUCGCCGCAGGACGAAAGCACCUCAGUCCUUCUGGUCGAAGAAGGGACUUCGCUACUACACAGACACGACCCGAGAAGAGGCUCGGUCCCAACUCCAAGUCAUCACAAGGACGAAUACAUCGUCGUCGGAGCAUCAGGUUCGACCCCGUCGCUCGGUGAUAGAUGGUCGCCCCAUUGCCUGUCCGGAAGGAGGCAGAGUUCUCUUCCUGUCAACAGCUCGCAGGAAUCUUUCACAAGCUCAAUAUCAGAAGGAAGCCCAGCCCACAGGCCAUAGCAUAAAGAGCCUCGGUGCACAGUCACCAACCUUUAACAUUCCAUUAGAGCUGUUGGAAUCUUUUCGGGGGGUGGAAUGCAAGCUACUGUUUUCCCAGUUGAACACGGUGCUGUUUUGUAAAUUCUACGGUGGCGAAUGUGCAGGGUGCAAGGUUCAAUAAGAGUAUUUUUGUAAAAUUAUUCUGUAGUUCAGUUGAAACGCUUUGUUUCGACUUCCUUCAAAUUUGCCUAAAAAAAAUUGUUGUUGGUAAAUAAAUUAGAAUUCUAAAAAAUGUUUUAAAAAAAACCCAAAAAAAGUAAGGGAAAGGAGUAGUUAAUAAUAAAUGAAUGAAAAAUGUACAAAAAAGUUCAAUAAUCAGAUAUAUUUGCAAUGUUGAUUCAUAUUAUAAUGUUAUAAUAGGGAUUUUUUCUAUAAAUUGAUUUUUUUAAAUAAAUUAACUUAUUAUUGAGAAUAAUAUAAUUUUGAACCUUGUUGUGAUAGAUAAAUAUUUUUGUAUUAUGGUUCUGUACUUAACGAUGUAAAGUGAGAUGAUGUUUGUUAUAAGCCCAAUAAUUUUACUAGUGUAUGUAAAAAAAAAAUGCUAUAGGCAUUUAAUUGCCAAUAAGUAAUUGAAGUGUCUUAUUUCUGAUGAUUAAACUUGAAACGUCGCACUUUUUGCCUGUAACGCUUGUUAAAAAAAGAAAAAAAGCAGAUGCACUAAGAAAAAUCACUGUAUCAUUUGUAAUGUAAUGAUUAUGAACAAAAAAUAUACUGUUAUUGGGCGUUUAUCAUU